AUUCAUUUGUGAUUGCGAUGGCCACACAAGAGCAGCUAGAACUAUCCGGGCUUAUAAAAUCGGUUCACCAACGUCUGCGUGAUUCAGCGAAACAGCAAGAUCCGGAAGCAGUGUGGAAGGAACAUGUGCGUGAUGAAGAUUUGUUGAAAAGCUACGCAGAAGCAAUGCACAAGUUGGCCACCUGCUACUGGGACCGCACGAUGGAGGUGAGCUGCAAACGAUCCAACAGCCGUAUUGAAUGGGUUGUUGCCUCGUGUCGAAGUUACUUCCACGGUGCCACACCACUACUUUACUUGUUCCGAGAGAAGGAUGAUAAAGUUAUGCAGGCAAUCGAUGCCGGCUACCGGCACGAACAUCGCCCGUACACAAUUGAUCGAAUAAAGCUGCUGGAUGUUGGUAGCUGCUAUGAUCCGUUUGCGUGCUUUCCGGACUUUGAUGUAACGGCAAUCGAUAUUGCACCAGCACGUCCAUCGGUGUGGCAUUGUGAUUUUCUAGAGGUGGAAGUAAACCAACACCUUACGACACCAUUCACUUCAGAGGAACAUCUUUCAAUCACAGCUUUCCCGGGCGAUCAUUACGAUGCGAUUGUUUUUAGCCUGCUGCUUGAGUAUCUCCCCUCAUCGGAUCAACGAUUACGAUGUUGCCAGAAAGCGUACGAUUUGCUUAAACCGGAAGGUAUCCUGCUUGUCAUAACGCCGGACAGUAGACACCAGGGAGCGAAUGCAAAGUUGAUGAAAAAUUGGCGCUACACGCUAGGAUUGAUGGGAUUUUCGAGGAUCAAAAUCGAAAAACUGGAACAUGUAACGUGCAUGGUAUUUCGGAAGUGCAUUUUUCCAGCAGUGGGGAAACGAUGGUGUGAUAUACAUCGGGAAGCGUACAUGCAACCAGUGUUGAAUAUUCCUCAAGAUUUUAAUGAAUCGAAGAUAGACGAGAAUAACGACUGUGUGAUGGAGGUCUCUCGUACGGAGGAGGACGAUGGAGCAAUAAGGGAAGCAUUUGCGGGAUUGCCGUUUGUAGAAAGUUGA